AUGACAUCCCAACCACUCAGGGUACUCAAGGACCAGCUCACCCGCCGACAGACUAGACCCAGCAGCCACAACCGGGACCCUUUUACCCCUGGUCUCCUCCAGACUCGAAUGCCUGGCCAGAGUGCCCCAAAUGGGAAUGUGAUGGUCAUUCUCACCUGGUAUUGUAAUGAAGAAAAAGCUAGAAUCCUAGAUCAGGCCAGAACAGUGGCUGAUGAACUGCGGUGGAUGGAUGCCAACCUGGCCCCUGCAGAAGAGGCAAUCCCCUCUGCAAAGCUGGAUUGGGACCCCAACACAAAUGCAGGGAGAAAACAGCUUUUAGGGAUAACUGGGGUUUGCCAGAUCUGGAUUCCCAUUUAUGGGAAUCUGGCCCGACCCCUAUAUGAAAAACUAAAAGGGAAAGAAGGGCCACUUGACUGGGAUAAGACCUGUAAGGUGGCCUUUAAUACUCUGAAAGAGGCCGUCACUAUAGCCCCAGCUUUAAGCCUCCUAAACCUAGAAAAGCCUUUUAGGUUGUAUGUCUCUGAACGGGUGGGAACCGCUUUGGGGAUGUUGGGACAAAUGGUGGGGCCUGUAUUACAGCCUGUGGCCUACCUCUUGAAACAACUAGACAAGGUGGCCAAAGGCUGGCCCGCUUGCCUCUGGGCAGUAGCAGUCACCGCUCUUAUGGUUAAAGAGGCCUCUAAAUGGACCCUGGGUCAACCCACCACAGUGCACACGCCCCACCAGGUGCAAGCAGUCUUAGAGACUAAAGGGGAUAGAGGAAUGGCGGGAGGGAUGGGGAAGCAUUUUUGGAGAGGGAUUUACUUUAUACUCACUCUAUUUUGGGGAAGCAUCUUUGGAAGCAUUUUCAUGUUAGGUCCCUUUUCACCUUUGAUGUUUGUAAACCCAUCUUGGUGUCACUGGAUCAACAACUGCCUUGUGGCAACCCGGCUCACACUACCUGUGGCACUGCUGGAGACCAUGUUUGGUGUAAAAGUGAUUAUAACAGGUGAAGCAUUUGUUCGUGGAGAAAGAACUGUUAUCAUGAAUCAUCCAACAAGAAUGGACUGAAUAUUUCUGUGGAAUUGUCUGAUGAGACAUAACUACCUCAGAUUAGAAAAAAUUUGCCUCAAAGCCAGUCUCAAAAGUAUUCCUGGAUUUGGUUGGGCCAUGCAGGCUGCUGCCUAUAUCUUCACUCACAGGAAAUGGAAGGAUGACAAGAGUCAUUUUGAAGACAUGACUGAUUAUUUUUGUGAUAUGCAUGAACCACUUCAACUCCUCAUAUUCCCAGAAGGGACUGAUCUCACAGAAAAUUGCACGGCUCGAAGUAACGAAUUUGCUAAAAAGAAUGGACUUCAAAAAUAUGAAAAUGUCUUACAUCCAAGAACUACAGGCUUUACUUUUGGCAGACUAAGAGAAGGUAAGAACCUAGACGCUGUCCAUGACACCACGGUGUCAUAUCCUCAUAUCAUUCCUCAGACAGAGAGGCAACUCCUCCUCAAGGACUUUCCCAAGGAAAUCCACUUCCACGUCCACCGAUACCCAGUGGACACCCUCCCCAAGUCCAAGGAGGACCUCCAGCUCUGGUACCACAAGUGGUGGGAGGAGAAAGAAGAGAGGCUGCACUCCUUCUACUGGGGGGAGAAGACUUUUUACUUUAUGGGACAGACUGUAAUUCCACCUUGCAAGUCUGAGCGCAGGAUCCUUCUGGUCAAAUUGCUCCCUGUACUGUACUGGACCCUGUUCAGCCCUGCAGUGUGCCUGCUCAUCUAUUUGUACAGUCUUGUUCGGUCGUAUUUUAUAAUCAUCAUUAUCAUCUUCGUGCCGCGGGAGAGAAUAUUUGGUGAACUGGAGAUCACUGAACUUGCAUGUUUUUUAGACAAACAGCCACAUUUAAAUACAAAGAAAAAUGAGUAA